GUAAUCCCGGGCUGGUCCCUCCCUCUCUCGCGGUCUCCAGCACCAGUUCACUUCCCUCUCUUAGUUCCCCAAGCCAGCCAGGAAAAGACUGACCCGGACUUUGGGUCUUUUCUCUGGACCCUGUUUGAACGUGUCGGACCCCCUCCAGUCCCACCCACCGCUCUGCAACACACACAUCCUCAUUUACUGAAUGUGCUCUUUGUGACCAGAGCAUUUGAUCCCUCCUCUGCUUUUUAUUCCAGGAGAGAGAGAGAGAGAGAGAAGAGGGGAGUUAAUUUCCUCCUUUUUACCGGAUUGAUUUCUGACUGCAUCUGGAUUGUUUUCCUUCCUCUGGGGGGGGGCUGCCGCUGCAGGACCAGAGCUUGAUGCUUCCACCAAUGUAAUUACCCGCAAAGGCAACUGGAAGGAACAAAAAAGGGACGUUGAAGAUCUUUUGUGGUUUUUUUUGUACCCCUACCCGGGUCUGUCAAUCAAUUCCCACCACUGCAGUUGUCAAGUUGGAGCCCUGCUGGGAAAUGGACGAACCCCUCUGAACUGAAGACGCUGCCCUGCCUCACCACACUACCGCAGCCAGGACGGGAUUUGGACGAGGAUUCCCCGAGUGGAGCAACAAGAACAUGUUUGCACCCUUGUUUCCAUGGUAACCCGAGAGGAGCAUGCACGUCCGGGUCAGGAGUUAAGCUCAGCGCUCGUCUCCUCCGCCUACCUCCUGUGAGAACUACACUACCCACAAUUCCUGUGAACUGACGACCCAGGUCUGACGUUUAGAUCACUUAAAAAAAAAAAAAAAGACACUCAGAGGAACAAAAACUACAAAAACACAAACAACGCUGCUGUGAAGACGCCCAACAUGGCCAACAACACGGCGGACCACCCUCCGGGGAAUUCGGUUGCAGAGGGCAACCAUGACGGGGACUUUGGGGUGAGCGUGAUGGACCUGAGGGACCUGAUGGAGCUGCGGAGCGCCGAGGCCGUCAACAAGAUACAGGACAAUCACGGAGACGUGCAGGGCAUCUGCCGCCGCCUGAAAACAUCACCCAUAGAAGGUCUGUCUGGUAACCCCGUGGAUUUGGAGAAACGUCACGCGGCAUUCGGCAAGAACUUCAUCCCCCCCAAGAAGGCCAAGACGUUCCUGCAGCUGGUGUGGGAGGCUCUGCAGGACGUCACGCUUAUUAUUCUGGAAAUCGCCGCCAUCAUCUCGCUUGGCCUGUCCUUCUACCAUCCACCAGGGGGCGACAGUGAAGCAUGUGGCGAGGUUGCAGGCGGCAUCGAGGACGAAGGCGAGGCCCAGGCUGGCUGGAUCGAGGGCGCCGCCAUCCUGUUCUCGGUUAUCAUCGUUGUCCUGGUGACGGCUUUCAACGAUUGGUCCAAGGAGAAGCAGUUCCGCGGGCUGCAGAGUCGCAUCGAGCAGGAGCAGAAGUUCACCGUCAUCCGCAAAGGCCAGGUCAUCCAGAUCCCUGUGUCCGAGAUCGUGGUGGGAGACAUCGCUCAGAUCAAAUAUGGAGACUUGCUCCCUGCUGACGGGAUCCUGAUCCAAGGCAACGACCUGAAGAUUGACGAGAGCUCUCUCACCGGAGAGUCCGAUCAGGUCCGAAAGUCUUUGGAGAAGGACCCCAUGCUGCUGUCCGGGACCCACGUCAUGGAGGGAUCAGGCAGGAUGGUGGUGUCGGCCGUCGGCCUCAACUCUCAAACCGGCAUCAUCUUUACUCUACUGGGCGCCGGCGAGAACGAAGCAGUGAAGAAGGUCAAGAAAAGUAAAAAACAAGGACCCCCCGAAAAUCGCAACAAAGCCAAGACCCAGGACGGCAUCGCCCUGGAGAUCCAGCCGCUGAAGAGUGAGGAAGCCACCGAGUCGGAGGAGAAGGAGGAGAAAGAGGAGGUCAAACCGGUGAAGAAGGUGAACGUGACCAAGAAGGAGAAAUCAGUGCUGCAGGGCAAACUGACCAGACUGGCUGUGCAGAUCGGGAAGGCUGGUCUGAUCAUGUCGGCUCUGACCGUCAUCAUCCUCAUCCUAUUCUUUGUGAUCGACACCUUCGGGAUCCAGGGUCGGACCUGGGUGGCCGAGUGCACCCCCAUCUACAUCCAGUACUUUGUCAAGUUCUUCAUCAUCGGCGUGACGGUGCUAGUGGUGGCCGUUCCUGAGGGGCUGCCGCUCGCCGUCACCAUCUCUCUUGCCUACUCCGUCAAGAAAAUGAUGAAGGACAACAAUCUGGUGCGUCACCUGGACGCCUGUGAAACGAUGGGCAAUGCUACGGCCAUCUGCUCGGACAAGACGGGCACGCUGACCAUGAACCGCAUGACGGUGGUGCAGGCGUACAUGGGCGACACGCACUACAAAUCUGUUCCCGAACCCGACGCUAUCAAAUCAGAAACUCUGGAAGUUAUGGUCAACAGCAUCUCCAUCAACUCGGCGUACACCACCAAGAUCCUGCCACCGGAGAAAGAAGGCGGCCUGCCACGCCAUGUAGGCAACAAGACCGAGUGUGCUCUGCUGGGCCUGGUGCUGGCGCUGAAGAGGGACUACCAGCCAAUCAGAGAAGAGGUCCCUGAAGAGAAACUCUACAAGGUUUACACCUUCAACUCCUCCCGCAAGUCCAUGAGCACGGUGCUGAAGAACGCUGAUGGAGGUUUCCGCAUGUACAGCAAAGGAGCGUCAGAGAUCGUCCUGAGAAAAUGCUCUCGUGUCUUGGACGCUCAGGGUCAGGCUCGCGUCUUCAAGCCGAAGGACCGUGACGAGAUGGUGCGAAAGGUGAUUGAGCCGAUGGCCUGUGACGGGCUGAGGACAAUCUGUGUGGCUUACAGGGACUUCCCCGCCGAGGCUGGAGAGCCGAACUGGGAAAACGAGAACGAAAUCCUGAACGACCUCACCUGCAUCGUCGUGGUCGGCAUCGAGGACCCCGUCAGACAUGAGGUACCUGAGGCUAUUUCUAAGUGCCAGCGUGCAGGCAUCACUGUGCGUAUGGUUACCGGAGACAACAUCAACACCGCCCGCGCCAUCGCAACCAAGUGUGGCAUCCUGCUGCCCGGGGAGGACUUCCUGUGUAUGGAGGGCAAAGAGUUCAACCAGCAGAUCAGAAACGACCAGGGAGAGGUGGAGCAGGAGCGUCUGGACAAAGUUUGGCCCAAACUGCGCGUUCUGGCUCGUUCCUCACCGACAGACAAACACACUCUGGUCAAAGGUAUCAUCGACAGCACGGUGGGAGAAACCCGACAGGUGGUGGCAGUGACGGGAGACGGUACCAACGACGGCCCCGCCCUCAAGAAAGCUGAUGUUGGCUUUGCCAUGGGAAUCGCCGGCACAGACGUGGCAAAGGAGGCGUCUGACAUCAUCCUGACCGACGACAACUUCACGAGCAUCGUCAAGGCCGUCAUGUGGGGAAGAAACGUCUACGACAGCAUCUCCAAGUUCCUGCAGUUCCAGCUGACCGUCAACGUGGUGGCCGUGAUCGUGGCGUUCACCGGCGCCUGCAUCACACAGGACUCCCCUCUGAAGGCCGUGCAGAUGCUCUGGGUCAACCUCAUCAUGGACACUCUGGCGUCUCUUGCUCUGGCCACCGAGCCGCCCACCGAGUCUCUGCUGUUACGUAGACCGUACGGCCGCAACAAGCCUCUCAUCUCCAGGACUAUGAUGAAGAACAUCCUGGGCCACGCUGUGUACCAGCUCACCAUCAUCUUCACCCUGCUCUUCGCUGGCGAGAAGAUUUUCGACAUUGAUAACGGACGCAACACUCCCCUGCACUCACCGCCGACGGAGCACUACACCAUCGUCUUCAACGUGUUCGUCAUGAUGCAGCUCUUCAACGAAAUCAACGCCAGGAAGAUCCACGGAGAGAGGAACGUGUUCGAAGGCAUCUACAGGAACCCCAUCUUCUGCAGCGUCGUGCUGGGGACCUUCAUCCUGCAGAUCAUCAUCGUUCAGUUCGGAGGGAAGCCGUUCUCGUGCACGGCUCUGGCCAUCGACCAGUGGCUGUGGUGUGUGUUCAUCGGCGUGGGAGAGCUGCUGUGGGGGCAGCUGAUCUCGGCCAUCCCCACCCACCACCUGAAGUUCCUGAAGGAGGCGGGUCACGGCAGGGCCAGGAAGGAGGUGAUCCAGGAGGAGGAGAUGACGGAGGGCGCCGACGAGAUCGACCACGCCGAGAUGGAGCUGCGGAGAGGCCAGAUCCUCUGGUUCAGAGGACUGAACCGCAUCCAGACGCAGAUUAAGGUGGUGAACGCGUUCCGUAGCUCCCUGCACGUGGGGCUGGAGAGCCCAGAGUCCCGUAGCUCCAUCCACAGCUUCAUGGCCCACCCUGAGUUCGUCCCCCAGUCGGAGGAGGAGGCUCGCAUCCCCACCAUCGAGGAGACCGGAGACGAGAUCGACCCCCUCCCCAGCGCCUCCAGUGGGGCGGGGGGAGGAGGAGAGCCGCCCAGCGCCUUCCCCCACAGCUGCGAGUCAUCCAUCUGAGCUCCUCCCUCCUCCUCCUCCUCCUCCUCCUCCUCCCCCUCCUCUUUAUCAGCAUCAUCUGUCAUCCCACCAACUGAACUGUCGCACUUAGGAGAGAAGUCACUCUGCACCCCCUCAUCUUGCACUCACACAUGCUUCACAUCGUCUUAUCCCCCCCCUCAGUCAUUCCUGCCACGUUGUGUUUUUCAUACUGACUGUGGCGUCGCUCUGCCUGUAAGUUUGUCCCUCCACCAUCAGCGCCACACACAGUCCAGAGUCUCCUCUGUUGAAGUCUUUGUCCAUUCAUGUAUAUUUUUUACUUGAUGAUCCUUUUGAAAAAGCUUUUAAACUACGUUGUGUUCGAUCUUUGCGGGACUCGCAGCAGCAUGUUCUGUACUCGCUUCAUUCCUGCGUAAACGCUCUCAAAACCGGCACCGAACUUUUGAACGAGUGCAGUGAUUCUCAUGUACAUACGCUUCCCGCUCCUCUACACAGCUAACAGCCGGGUUUGGUCAUCAGAAGAUUUUUAGGCAAAUGCAAAAAUGUAACCUUUUUAUUUUUUUGUCUGUUUUUAAAAGCUCUAACGAAUGUUAAUGGACGGUUGAUUCAAACGCCUGAGAAUGUCUUGUGAGUGUGACACUACAGUCUUCAAGGUUCAACUGUUAAAGAAAUGUUCUUCCCUUUGUCGUGUCUGUAUGUGUUGCUUUUCUUUCAUCAGCUGUGUUGCAUGUGGGAGGACAGAAUGUUUACUACCCCAAUUAUAUCUAACAUGGCGGCGUCCAGAGAGGGCUCGCUCUCGCUCAGCGGGCUCUGACCCCCCCCUCCCUCCAGUACGUCCACAGUGUCGAUAGGAAACAGGAGCGUGGUACAUGUCUCCCGCUCUAGUAGGAUGCAUGUUAUGUCUCAUUCGUGUUGAGUCGCAUGAUAACUUUAGGAAUGAAUAUUUGGGAUUCUGUUUAGACGACCAUGUGUGUGUUAGUCUGCAGCAGCGUCUGUUCACGGCUCCUUUAACUUCCUGUCUGUAGGACUGAACUUCCUGUGACCGCAACAGGACAAAAACAGACUCAUCAAUAGUCAUGUCGCAGCCGCAGCAGCAGCUCUGCUCUAUAGUGGGAGAAAAUGUAAUGUAAAGAUGGCGUCUUGCUGACAGACGGGCUCUUCGACUCUCUGAAUAUAAUAAAAGUUAAUGGAAGAAAUUACAGAAAAAUCUUUCUUACAGAUGAAGAAAGUUGUUUGUGGUCCUUCAAUCAAUCAGAAACCAAAUCUAAAAAGAGUUGCACUUGAGUUUAAUCUGUAAUCUGUCUUCACUGCGGUACCAGAAUCAGAUCUGUCCAAUCAGCUGCAGCGUCCAAUCAGUAACUGAUAUCCAAUAAGGAGGCGUGUCAGCUGCUCUCGUGUAUCCUCGCUCCUCUGAGCAGAAAUAAGAGUUUUGGGACUUCGUCUGGUUCGAGCGAGGGAAUAUCAAGAGACGUGUGAUGUCUCUAUAAUCUGUGUACUGUCUGCAUGAUCUUAAAUUUCCUUGCAAACGUGUUUUCACAGCAGAGGUAGCGCUGAUGAAAUGAGGCCACCGCAUUCUCUGAACGCCAUCACGAUCUAAAUGCAUUUAUCCCCCCCCCCCCCCCAAACUCCCCCAUGACAGGCUCGUAUUAGCAUUAGCUAAUAAUUAGCUUGUGAAGCAUUGCAACCAAUCAAAAAAGACAACCUGUGACCGUGACACUGUGAGGCGACCCCCGCUGAACACUUGCCCCACUGUGCCGCCGAUGACGAAGUUCAUGUCACGUGGACCCUCGCAGCUUUCCAGAAAAUAUUCAACUCACAUCUUUGUCAAUUUAACUCGAAGUAUUCAUCCUUUUGUCUCUUCAAAAUAAAAGACAAAAUCCUUGUAUUAUCCAUUUUCCGCUACUUAUUUCCGGGUAGAAGUGGCGCCGGACUACGGUAACCCCCGUGCAUGGAUGAGUCUGUUCAGGGUCACACUGCAGGAAGCUCCAUUCUCACAGACAUGAAGUUGAUGGAUCUCUGAACAGAGUCUUUGUUAAAGACCAAUCUUAGUACCAGGUCUGAUGUUUUUGUUCCCUCGUUUGUCAGACUUUAUAAACAGAAACUAAGUUGUCAGCAGAGAGGAUGUUUGAUCGUCAUCGUCGCUGUGUUUGAUUGACAGGCGUCUAUGUGGCGGCCACUCCGAGGUUUAUGGGAGCCUGUAAAAGUUAAAUCCACUGUGUGUCCCCACCGCCGCUCAGUACUUCCUGCCUGCCGUUGUCCGCAGAUUUACUGUCUUAAAAGAAGAAGGAAUCAUCUUCCAAUCAGAAGCAGCGAUGCGUGUAAUCCCCUCUUAGUCUGACUAGCAGCCAUCAACCUACGUGCUACUACUGCCAUAGUUCCAACUCUUUUGUCAUGACUAGGUUCUUCCUCUCCCCUCUGAUGAGCUUUUUUCUAUGUAACUCAGAGCCAUAUUUUAUAGGUUGUCUGUAUUGUUUUUUAUCUCAUUGUUAUCGAGGUUUCCUUUGGACUUUUUCACCCCUCGACUUCCCCCCCCCCCUCCCCUGGCCCUUUACUCCAGACACGACCAAAAAGCAUGGAGAAAAUCUUCAGUCGUCACUGCCGAACCAAGUUUUAAGGACCUCUACAAUGUUUACAUGAAAAGCAAGUGGGUGGCAGUUCGCCUGCGCUUCUCUCAUCCGACCACUUCCCUUUCAUUCCCUUGCUUUCUUGAAUCUUAGAGUUACUACUUAACUAAAUGGGGAAUCUUUCUUGCAUGGUUUUCAUAUAAAAUUCAAUGUUUUGCUCAUUUUUUACAAUUCUUCUGUAUUUUUAUAUUAAGUACUUUUUAAUAUUUUGGAGAUAUAUGAAUAUAUAUGUAUAGGCUGAAGAGUGUGGUGACAGUACAGUACAUGAAUGAGAUGAAUCUAACGUGGACUCUGUGUUUUUACAGCUCUCUAAAUAUUUAUGCCACGUGUGUCGUCUUGGUCACCUGAUGUUAGGGCUCAGAAACCUGCAGUGACUUGUUUACUUCCUGUCGGCCGUUCAAUUGGAAUCUCAACAAUCUAAUCUCAUCAGCCCCCUUUUACAUGAGUAUAUUCACCUUAUCUAAAAUGUUGUGACACACUACACGCUAUGUGAUUACGCAGUUAUCCAACUCCAUUAGUGUUCAGCCAAUGCAACGUGAAUACAGCUAACUGUAUUUAAACAUUAAAUGGGAGUGUAUAAUUAUUGAUCCAACCUCUGGGUUUCUUUGUUUCUGUAUUUUGAAGCUACUACGACUGAUUUCUUUGAAUGAGUGGACUGAUGCUGUUUUCCAACUGACUGGUGUCGGAGCUUUAAAGAGGAUCUCAGCUGUGUCCCGCUUCAGGCUCCGCCCCCAUCGAAGGGGGCGUGGCCUAUGACGCCGUGUCUCGUCCAAUCCCUCUCAGACGGACCAAAACUUAACAACAUAACCUGAGGACCAAAGCAGAGCCGGCCCGAAUCAUAAGACAAACCAAUGAGUUGCUUUAAGCCCUCCAGCCUUUUUAGCAUCGUUAGGCUAAGACGAUCUUAUUCCGUGUUUCCACUGCCUGGUUCUACUUGAUUGCACUCAACUGACUUUUGGUACCAGGUCCACUGCAGAUAGUACACAUUCAGUGUAGAUGGGAUUCGCAGUAAGACUGUCCUGAAAUCAUCGACAACAGGACACUCGCUGAAUCCUUUAAUCGGCAACCAAACAGAGAAACGUUGCAGGCCGAAGUUUAGCAGACUGACCUUUUUUAAAAUCUGGGUCGCUAUUGGCGGUAGCUUGGCUAUUUAAAAAUGGCGGGUUUGUGCAGGAUGUCCCGUGUCUUGCUGGUGACAAAUCUCUGACCAAUCAGUGGUCUGCAGUGUUUCAGCAGCUCAUGUCGUUUGGAACCUCUACCAAAAGAAAGUACCAGGUUUUAUCCUCAACCUUUGCAAAUAAAAGAACUAAAGAGUACGAGUCUAGUUGAGCAGAGCCGCGCAGUGGAAAUGUGCCAUCCCAUUGUAUGUCUAUGGGCUCCAAAGGGGACUCGAGGACAGUCUGAGGAUGAUUGGACCCGCUCCAAAGUGAUCCAAGAUCAGGAACCCCAUUACACUGAAUAUAAUUUGACUUUGACUUGGGUCUUGGGUCAGGGCUCGGUUGCUAAAAACAUCUCCACCUAACAUCAGCCAUCAAACGAGAGAUCCUCUGUUAUUAUUCGUCUUAACUUCAGGAUUAAAAGAUCUGAUUACUUCUAGUUAACUGCUGCUGUACAUGUGUACAUACUGGGGGGGGGGGGGGAGGGGGCUGUCUAAACAUGACUAGGGACCGCAAAAAUGCUCGGGCGGCGCCCUGGGCCACAUUUUUGAUUUGGUCAUGAAAUUCGGACAUUGAAGGAGGCGGAGCCUGCGACGGACACAGCUGUAACUGUAGAUGUCAUCGCCAUUUUAUACAAACUACCAACUUCAGAAAACAUUUCCCGUGGAAGAGAGCAGGACUGUUAAAGUGCUCGUGACAUCACUUCCUCUUCCUGCCGUGUGUCCGUUGGCUAUAAACGAGACACAACAACGUUUUUUUUCUCUUUGUUCUUGUUCAUUCUCUGAAUCGGACAGAACACCGUUGCUCCUGCAGUCAGUACAAUGUAAAUAAUGUCAUAUAUAAGUGAAUGAAGUGUACCUGCUGUCUGUGUCGGGGACAGGAAAUGGGACAGAGGGGGCAAUCAGCCAAUCGUCAUCCAGCAAAGCUUUAAGGAUGUUCUGCCAAAGUCCUUUUCUUUCUCUUUUCUUUUCUUCUGCACAAGUUUGUUUUUAGAAAGUUUGCAGUCACAUGACCCCCUCCCUCUCCCCCCCGUCCCCGUCCCCCCCAUGCCGCCUGGAUAAGAUUGUCCCUCUGCUCUCGCUGUGGCUGCGCUGGUCGUCUGUUGGACUGGUUGCCCUCACAUCUCAUGCCGGGUGCACAGUACAGCCCCGCCAUCAGAGGAGUUCAGAAGCUCUCAGUUUUCCAUCAGGACUUCUGAAUGGGGAGAAACUCGCUUCUUAUCCUCAUCGUUGCAUUUUGACUGCUUCCUCUUCAGAGCACUGCCUUUUCUCAGAACAGCUUCCUGUUGUCGGAUCUUAAGGAGUAUUUUGGAGAACCUUCUCAUCCACUUCAACAUUCACAAAUAUAAAAAAAAUGCUUCAAACGAACUGGAAUAUCACAGUUGGAAAAGUCAUAACUACUCAACAUAUAUAUUUAUAUGUUAUCUAUGUAUUUAUAUGUAGUAUAUAUGUGUGUAUUAUAUAGAUAUAUUAGAUAUGAAUACAUAGAUAUAUAUAUAUAUGUAUAUGUAUAUGGUUUCUCAGUUGAACUUCAUUGCAAAAAAGACUGAAAAAGAUUUGUUUUCUGUAAUUACUAUGAUACACAGUAAUAGGCGUUGGUGUUAUUUUUGUAUAAACAUAAUAUCAUCUAUGUGGCAUGCAUGACAUAUAUACAAAACUUGGUGGUUUAAAGCAAUAUGUCCAACCUGGUGCGAUUGGUUCUGUUGUGUUCUGUGUAGCCUAAAGCCACUCUGUGUGAAAAGAGAUGAAAAAAAAAAAAGAGAAACUGCAUUUGGAUAAAACUAACUGUUCAGUAUACGUGUUCAAUGUUCUGUGUUCUGCAUGUUUUAGUAUGGAAUGAAACAUCCCAAAAUGUUGACUUGUUUUUACCAAAUUAAUCUCAAAUACAUGCCCCAAACACACACACACACACACACACACACACACACCCACACACACACACACACACACACACACACACACACACACACUCUCUCAUGUAAGGGGAAACACUGAGGAAAUUAAAACUGUGUGACUUCUGAUGGAUGGAUUGAUGAAAGAUGAAGAUUCUUCUUUUUUGUUUUGUUUCCAUCGUCUCAUUUAUCCAGAAACAAAAUAACUUGUAACAGAUUUGUCCGCUUAUCCACCUUGUAACUGUUUCAUCCUCCCGUCCCAACACACACACACACACACACACACACACACCCACACACACUGAGAUUUUCAGAUUCUCCUGAACUCAUCACCCACUCAUCUGUGCAGUGAGAGGAGGAGGGAGAGGAUGACUGUUAACCUGAAACCUUCAGGUAGGCUUCAUCGUCAUGUGACACACGUUGAUCUCAUCGAUCAUUAUCCUCCUGCUUCUCCAGCGCUGCAGGUUGAGGAGAAACGAGGAUAAUGUUUGUCCAUUGUCUGUCUUCAUGUUAGAGCCCGAGCGAUAUAUCGUCUGAUCUUAUUAAUCUCAGAUAAAUCUGUUUAUGUGUCUGAUGUUUGUCCAGCAGAGCGCAAUGAGUUUAUAUAUGGAUGCAACUAAGGAUACUUUUUAAUAUUGAUUCAUUUGUAUUUUUUUGGAUUUAUCAAAAUCUUGUUUUGUCUAUAAAAUGUCAGAAAAUAGUAGAAACUUUGUCCAAAACCCAAAUUCAGAUCAGCUUCAUGUGAGACAAAAUAAAAUCUGGUAUCAAAGAAUGUUUGUUAUCAGCAGAGAAAUAAUCAGCAGCUGUUUGGACUCCAGUAAAAUUGUUAUAAUCUUUUCCAACACGGAGCUCUUAAAGUUGUUUCAAAGCUUUCUGGUGAGGAUGAAUUCUUUAUGUAUUAGUUUUUUGCUUUAUAAGGUUGCUAACUAACCUGAUCAGCCUCAGAUGUGCUUUGUGUUUAUUCACGUUACUUUGUCCGGCUGAAUUAAUCUGAUUUACUUCAGCGGUAAGAACCCAAAAUAAACAGACUCUGCUUGGAUUUAGUUGCAAUAAACUGAGCAUGAGAAUGUCAGGUCAAUAACUUUUAAAAUGCUUUGGAUUGAACGGAGCUCUGCUAACAUCUUAAAAUCAUUUAAAUUAAAUAGAAAUACAGCAGACACUUUAUUGUUAAUGCACCUAAAAAUCUACAUACUGUGAAACUUAAAAAUGAUAUAGACUCACCGGCAUUUAAGAUGUUAGUUAUUGGUGGCAGAUGUCCACAGACGGCUACUUAUUCCGCCUUUUCUGAUUUAACAACGUCAGGAGAAUCUCAAACGCUGAUUGGCUUUCUUGUGAAUUUCUCGCUGGAGUUUAAAAAAUGUCAAGUUUUUGCGAAGGCCUAUUUGCAAAUUUGCAUUGACUUUCUAUUGCGCCGCACAAAAUUAUGCCUGCUAAACACCUGCAUGUUAGCAUCGUCUGAUGUUAGCCUCGUCUGAUGUUAGCCUCGUCUGAUGUUAGCAUCGUCUGAUGUUAGCCUCGUCUGAUGUUAGCCUCGUCUGAUGUUAGCAUCGUCUGAUGUUAGCCUCGUCUGAUGUUAGCAUCGUCUGAUGUUAGCCUCGUCUGAUGUUAGCCUCGUCUGAUGUUAGCCUCGUCUGAUGUUAGCAUCGUCUGAUGUUAGCAUCGUCUGAUGUUAGCCUCGUCUGAUGUUAGCAUCGUCUGAUGUUAGCCUCCUCUGAUGUUAGCCUCGUCUGAUGUUAGCAUCGUCUGAUGUUAGCCUCGUCUGAUGUUAGCCUCGUCUGAUGUUAGCCUCGUCUGAUGUUAGCAUCGUCUGAUGUUAGCAUCGUCUGAUGUUAGCCUCGUCUGAUGUUAGCCUCGUCUGAUGUUAGCAUCGUCUGAUGUUAGCAUCCUCUGAUGUUAGCCUCGUCUGAUGUUAGCAUCGUCUGAUGUUAGCCUCGUCUGAUGUUAGCAUCGUCUGAUGUUAGCCUUGUCUGAUGUUAGCCUCGUCUGAUGUUAGCAUCGUCUGAUGUUAGCAUUGAGCACAAAGCGCUGGCACAUGUCUGUCGUCUCUCCUCUGUACGUGUAAGAGUAGAGAGGACUUGACCUCCGUGUCUUCAGUCGUCCUGUCUGUCAGAUUCUGAGCCUCAGCAGGGAUUUGUUUGUGAGCCAAAAUAAUACUUCCUGUGCUUCCCUAAAUGUGUGUGUGUGUGUGUGUGUGUGUGUGUGAUGGGCUGUUGGCUCAGUGAAGGUGUGUUUCCUCAGUGCGUGUGUGUGUGUCACUCUCAUCCUGUCUGUUUCGAUCAAACAUCCUCCUCCUGUUUGCUUCAAUCUAUGCAACAGAAUCCUCCAGUUUCUCACUUUCUCUCCCUCACACUCUCCCUCUGUCUGCUCGUCUCUCGUCUCUUUAUCCGCUUUUUAAUUUUCAUUUCUUUCUACAAACAGAACCACGAUACCUGUACAUUGAUGUAUGUAUGUAUGUGUGUGUGUGUGUGUGUGCAUGUGUGUGUGUGUGCGACAGGUGCACACACACUCAUGUAGUUUUCUUUACUCUUUUGUAAGAUAUGAUCAUGUGGAAUGCCUUGGUCUUAGUGUCAUGUCGUUUGAACUUAAGCUGAACAAAAGAUGAUAAUCAAGCAACUGAGUAAAAGUUGUUACAUAAGUAUAUAUAUAUAAUAUAUAAAUAUAUAUAAAUAUAUACAAAUAUAUAUACAUAAAAUAAAGCCAUUGGAAUUUGAAAUAAA